AUGAUUGUCGACAUCCUCCCCUUUCGGUUGCAGCUUGCAUCUCUCCAGAAAAAGGACAUUCCACGAUGCACACAUCAGCUCAUGAAACUUGUCCUCUUCCCAUCAGGGCCACGCCACUUUUUCUCCUACACGGAAACUGACAAGGAAGUGUCACUCAUCCUGGACGAGGAGCAUAUCCGCGGUUUCCCGGAAAACACAGUCAAUGUCUGCAAGGUCAUAUGGAGGGCGGUUCAAAUCGAGCCCGGCGAGUCAGGCCUCGGUGCAGAGGAAGUGAUUUCGCAGGUGUCGAAGCCAUUGGCCGAUGUCAACGUCUCCAUCAUGCAAAUCUCGACCUAUGACGCAGAUUUCACCCUGCUGCCAGAAUGUGAUCUGGAAAGGGCACUGGAGUGUCUGUCAAGCAUAUUCUCAAUUACAAACAACCCGCUGGAGGAUCUCGGCCUGCAGGCUGGCGAACUCAAUUCAUGGGAGAGCUCUUAUCCCAAAAGCCCCACAGAAAUCAAUUCCUUGCAGGAUGCACUGGCUUUGGAAUCGACCCCAAAGUCGAGGCAGGCGAGUCUUACGGGUGACGCAACUACAAAGUCGCCACGCGAGGAUCCCUUGGAACCGGAGCCGCACAUGAUCGGCUCAUUGUCUCUGAACGACACACCUGAUAAGAACAACUCAACAUCGACGUCUGCUAUAACCAAAGCACGGCACCCCUUCAACGUUAACUACCCGCAGCGUCUGCACAUCACCAGCAUGGAAGAGAGUCUCAUGAAUGUUCUCGCUAUCAAGUUGCUGGACAUCAUUAUGGACGACGCCACCAUGAGUCUCUUCCCCGACCACACCCUCAACACCCACGCUGGCGACUGGCGGUUGAUUGCCAUCGGAGACGGACCUCUUGGCUUUGACGAAUGCGGGAUUGUCAGCGAGUUCUCCAAGCCCCUGACGGAGAAUGGCAUCGCUCUCUUCUAUCUCAGCACUUUCAGCUCCGACUAUAUCAUGGUGAACGACCAGGACUUUGAGCUGGCUGUGACGUAUCUUCACAAGACUGCCAAGGUCUCAUCGGAUGAGGUGCCCGCAUCAAAAGGUGUUACUGACCAAGGAGUGACAACUCUGAAGGGCGGUGGCGGUGGUGAUACUGAUGAUGACGACGAGGAGGAUUACGGGGACAUUGAAGAGGAGGAUCAGGACGAUCAUUCGACAUACUCCUCUGAUUCUGGAAACGAAUCUGACAUUUCGUCGGAAUUAGAUCCUGAGGAUACAUCUCACGACUUGAAGCAUGAGGACGACCUGGAGAUUGUUUUUGCAGAGGAGGGCAUAUCGGCCUAG